UUCUUUGACAAUUGUGUCUACUUGAUGAUUGACGUUGCGCGGAGAACGAGUGCCAGCGCACAGAAAACACCAGCCAUAUGGUCGUACUUUCACAUGCUUUACCAAUUUGAAUUUAUUGGCUUCGAUGUUGUUGCUAUUUCAUCUGAGAAUUGCAGGUCCUCCAGGAUUCUCCUUUUUCACCAAUAAAUCCAGAUUUAAGUCUGCACGAGGAAGAAAAAUUACAGAGGAACUCAGUUCUGCAACUUGAAUUUGGAGGUUUCAAUCCUGAGGCUGGUUUGCCCUUUGGACUAAUUCAAUCAUACAAACUAAAAGAAAGAAAAAGCCUUUUGAUACGAGAUAUGGCUGGAUCUACUGCACUUGCACUUUACAUUGCAGUGUCUUGUCUCGCCUUUGUUACCUCGAAGAUCAUCGUUUCCUGUCUCCUCUACAGACGAUGGACGCGCAAGCGUAGCAUCAUCCAAGAUACUAUGACAGGUGGGAAAUUUGUUCUAUUUAGGUCUUCGACGACACACUCUUUGAACUCAAAGGUGUUUGUUAAAAAGACAAUGAAGUUGUCUAACAAGGAUAUCAUUGGUUCUGGAGGUCAAGGCACAGUCUACCGAUUGACAAUCAACGAUACCGCUGCCUUCGCGGUGAAGAGACUGAGCAAGGGGAAUUCUGAUGUCGACCGAGGAUUCGAAAGAGAAUUGGACGCAAUGGGCGAUAUAAAGCACCGAAACAUCGUUACGCUUCAUGGAUAUUAUGUGUCCCCUCACUUCAAUUUCCUUGUGUAUGAGUUGAUGCCAAAUGGAAGCUUAGAUUCGCUGCUUCAUGGGAAUUCACGCAAAGUACUGAAACCUCUUGAUUGGGCUACAAGAUACAAAGUAGCUAUUGGGGCAGCCAGGGGCAUAUCGUAUCUCCACCAUGACUGUAUACCUCACAUAAUUCACAGAGAUAUCAAAUCGAGCAACAUCUUGUUGGACCAUAACAUGGAAGCCAGGGUUUCCGAUUUCGGUUUAGCUGCGCUACUAGAACCGAGUCGAACCCAUGUUACGACAAUUGUUGCAGGAAGUUUUGGUUAUCUUGCUCCUGAAUACUUUGACACCGGCAGAGCGACUACUAAAGGGGAUGUUUACAGCUUCGGCGUGGUGUUGCUUGAGCUUUUAACCGGGAAAAGGCCAACAGAUGAAUCUUUUAUUGAAGGAGGAACAAAACUAGUGACCUGGGUAAAAGGGAUUAUCGAAGUGAACGAAGAACAGCACGCGAUCGACAAAGCCUUGACUUGCUAUCCCAUUGAAGAAGUAAAGAGAGUAUUUCAUGUCGCGGAGAAGUGCCUAGAACCAGAUCCAUCAGAGAGACCAACCAUGGCCGAGGUACUCAAAAUGCUGGAGCAAAUUAAAACAUCAAACACACCAACUGUUCCUUAGUUGCAAUUCUGAGUCUGACCAUAACCCUUUUUUCUAGAUCCAACAAGAUCUAUUUGUUAGUGAACCUUUAUCGACAAGUUAUUUUGUCACAAGCUUCUUCAUGCUUGCUUGUGGAGAUUGGGAUGCCUGUUGUUUGUAGACAUGAAGCUUUUUAAUGCAUGUUCUUCAUUGUUUUUGCGUGCAAAA